AUGACUUCAUUCUGCAUUAAGAUUUUCGCCGUUUUCCUGCUAAUUUCCGUGUGCACCGGAAGUAGAAGCGAGACGGUGAAACGUUCGAUCUUCGAGGAACAUCAUGACUUCAACCAAUUCCCCGGAUCCGUCGUGUUCACGAAACCCGUCUUGGUGCACAAAGGCGGCAACUAUUAUCCACCUGUAUCUCCGGCGGAGAUAGCUUCUGCGAUUUCCGCAGCCAAAGAGGCGUCCGAGCAGGUGAUGGAUGCGCAACGCCGGGUGCAGAUGGCCAAGGAAUCGGUGCUGGAUCGUCAGAGGAUCGCGAGUAUGAAGGAGGCGAACGCUGCGAUUGCGGCGCAAAAGGCGGAAGCGGCGGCGGCGGUGCAACGGCAGGAAGCUAACUCUGCAGCGACGUCCGUGGUUCUCGCGCAGAGGAGGCUCGCUCACGCCAAAGCCGAGGUGGCGGAGCACCAGAGGACAGCUGCUGCGAAAGAAGCGCACGCCGCUCACGUCAUUCAGAAGAGCGCUUCGGCGGCGGCUGCAGAAAUUCAAAAAUCCGAACACACUGCUGCGAAAUUGGCGGCGUUGCAGCGUUCGGAAGCUACAGUUUUGAAGCAGGCGUCUGCUGCAAAGGAGGCCACCCUUUCGGCGGCUUCGGCUGCAGUCGCAGCAUCCGCUUCCCACUAUCCGCCGCACAACAACAACCCAUGGUCGCAGAUGGCGUCAUUCACCCAUUGGCAUUGA